UGCCGGAAGACACAGACCCCUCCAGCUUUCGCUCCGGCUCGGCUCUCGGAGCGGGAAGGACCCCGACUCCCACGCGGGGCUGGGGGCAGACAGCCCGCUCCAGUCUCCGGGCCCCGGGCGUUAAAGGGGCCGGAGCCGGGGGCGGGCGCGGCGCGCCGGGAGGGGCCGAGCCGGGAAGCGGUUUGGUGCGUCAGCCUCACGCGUGGGGAAGGAAGAGGGCCUCAGGCCCCGGACUGCCAGCGCGGGGUCCCCGGCACGUCCGCAGGCUGCACCGGGAGGUGGCGGCUUCUGAGAGGCGGGAGAGCCGAGGGCGGGCCUCGGAGGCGGCCGGGAGGUGAGGCGCGGCCGGGGGCAGGCCCGCGCGGGCUUCAUCUGCGGACUCACGGCCUGCUCCCGAUCGCUGGGGAUUCCGAGGCGCGGCGCGACGAGCGGCCGGAGCGGCUAUGGACCACCGCUGGGGCUUCCUGAUCGGCUUCCUGGGCGCCGUGGGGCUGCUGGGCUCGGGCCACGGCGGGCAGCAGACCCCGGAGACGGCGGCGCAGAGGUGCUUCUGCCAGGUUAGUGGUUACUUGGAUGAUUGUACCUGUGAUGUUGAAACCAUUGAUAAAUUUAAUAACUACAGGCUUUUCCCAAGACUUCAAAAACUCCUGGAAAGCGACUACUUUAGAUAUUACAAGGUAAACCUGAAAAGGCCGUGUCCUUUCUGGAAUGAGAUCAGCCAGUGUGGAAGAAGGGAUUGUGCUGUCAAGCUUUGUCAAUCGGAUGAAGUUCCUGAUGGAAUUAAAUCUGCAAGCUACAAGUAUUCUGAAGAAGCCAAUAAUCUCAUUGAUGAAUGUGAGCAAGCCGAACGACUUGGAGCUGUGGAUGAAUCUCUAAGUGAAGAAACACAGAAGGCUGUUCUUCAGUGGACCAAGCAUGAUGAUUCCUCAGACAACUUCUGUGAAGCUGAUGACAUACAGUCUCCUGAUGCUGAAUAUGUCGAUUUGCUCCUUAAUCCUGAGCGCUACACGGGUUACAAGGGACCAGAUGCUUGGAAGAUAUGGAAUGUCAUCUAUGAAGAAAACUGUUUUAAGCCACAGACAAUUAAAAGACCUUUAAAUCCUUUGGCUUCUGGUCACGGGAAAAGUGAAGAGAACACUUUUUACAGUUGGCUAGAAGGCCUCUGUGUAGAAAAAAGAGCAUUCUACAGACUUAUUUCUGGCCUCCAUGCAAGCAUUAAUGUGCAUUUGAGUGCACGGUAUCUUCUACAAGAUACCUGGUUGGAAAAAAAAUGGGGACAUAACAUUACAGAAUUUCAGCAGCGAUUUGAUGGAAUUUUAACUGAAGGAGAAGGUCCACGAAGGCUUAAGAACUUGUAUUUUCUCUACUUAAUAGAAUUAAGGGCUUUAUCUAAAGUGGUACCAUUCUUUGAGCGCCAGGAUUUUCAACUCUUCACUGGAAAUAAAGUUCAGGAUGCAGAAAACAAAAUGUUACUUCUGGAAAUACUUCAUGAAAUCAAGUCAUUUCCUUUGCAUUUUGAUGAGAAUUCAUUUUUUGCUGGGGACAAAAAAGAAGCAAACAAACUAAAGGAGGACUUUCGACUGCAUUUUAGAAAUAUUUCAAGAAUCAUGGAUUGUGUUGGUUGUUUGAAAUGUCGACUGUGGGGAAAGCUUCAGACUCAGGGUUUGGGCACUGCUCUGAAGAUCUUGUUUUCUGAGAAACUUAUUGCAAAUAUGCCAGAAAGUGGGCCCAGUUAUGAGUUCCAUCUAACCAGACAAGAAAUAGUAUCAUUAUUUAAUGCAUUUGGAAGAAUUUCAACAAGUGUGAAAGAAUUAGAAAACUUCAGGAACUUGUUACAAAAUAUUCAUUAAAGAAAACAAGUUGAAAUGUGCCUGUUUUGGGACAACGGAGGCCAAAGAAUGGAAUUUCGUUCAAAGGCAUUAAUAGCAAUGACAGUCUUAAGCCAAACAUUUUACAUAAAGCUGCUUUUGUAAAAGGGAAUUAUAUUGUUUUAAGUAAACAAUUUUUAAAAUUGUGUUAAGUCUAUGUAUAAUAUUAUUGUGAGUAAAAGUAAAACUUUGAUAAUGUGGUACAACUUUUAAAGUUUAAUAUUAAGUAAAAUCAGGAUUAUCAAAUUCAUAUAUGGUAACCCUAAGUAAAUGACGUUUUAAUAAUUUUGUGUAAGAAGAUGUAAUAUAAAUAAAACUAUGGCCAAUGUGACAAGCAUUUAUAGGAAAAUGCUAAGCAGGCUCAUGAUGACCCGUUAUUAACAGCCUAAAACUUUUCAACAUUUAGGGUGACCAGAUUUAGUAAAUAAAAAUACAGAAUGCCUAGUUAAAUUUGAAUUUCAGAUAAACAACAAAUAGUUUUUUAAUACAAGUAUGUUCCAUGCAAUAUUUGGGACAAACUUACACCAAAAAAUUAUUCCUCCUUUAAAAUUCAAAUUUAACUGGGAGUCCUGUGUUUUACCUGGCAACCCUACAAUACAUUGGUAUGAAACCAGUUUUAGAAUUAUAUUGCUAGUUUGAUUGAUUGGCUUAUUUUGGUGUGUAGAAAGAUACAAUGAUAACUCAAAGGCAUAGGGGAUUUCUAAACAGUGUGAAAAGUUGAAUAGAUUUAUAUAUUUAUUCUCAUAAUACUUUCCCUAAUUCUGAAUAAAAUUUUGGGGAAACUUUUUAUUUUUAUAUAAUUUCAAAUUACAUAAAUGUUUCCAGGAUAGUACAAAGAACUCUUUUACCAGAUUCCUUAAUUGUUCAUAUUUGCUUUAUCUCUUAUGCUUUCUCUGUAUACAUACACACGUAUACUAUUUUUCCUCAAUCAUUUGAAAGUCAGUUACAGGCAUUGUGCCCUUUGAACCAUGAACACUUCAGUGUGAAUAAUUUUUUAAUGAUUUUUUUCAGGAAAAAAAAUCUGGAACUAUAUAAUACUAUAAGCCUUAGAAUCAGGAAUCAUUUUGAGUUCCAAUCUAAAAUUCUUUUUGAGUUUUGUUACCCUUUUAAUGCUCGAUCUGUAUAGUCAUAAGGCAUAUAAUUUUUGGUUUUUGUACAUGGUGUUCAUUUCUUUUUUCUCCUGAAAACUAAACUGUAAUUUUUAGUGGUUUUCAUUAAGGAAAGACCUUCAGUGAUAAAAAAUAUAUGAAGGGGUUUAGGAAUUUAUAUCACAUGGUAAUUGUAGGGAAAAAUGAAACUGUAUACCUCAAAGUCAUGGGCCCUCUCUGUAUGUCUUAGCAGGUAUAUCAUGUUGAGAUGUAACAUUAUUAAUAAAGCAGGGUUUAUUUGUAUAA